GGAUUGUUGCUUUUGAUAACUUGCAUUUUCCAUUACAAUUACGCUAUAAGAAGGAAUGUUUGGAACUAGUUUGUUUUUAAACCAACUUUCAAAUAAAUCAGCGGUGGUGUCUUCAUGUUAAUCCAGAGAAGAAUCUGUAAUAUUUUUCGCAGACAGAGAAAGUCCAUUUGGAAUCCAACCAUCUUACGCCAACCUUACGCUCGAAACUGCGUAGACGUGGCAACCGCGCGCUCCGAGGUGCGGAAAACAAACGCGACUCGCGCACGCGCGUUUCAUUCUCGCGUCGCCUCUCGCGCUGCCGUCGCCCGCCCGCUCUUCAGUAUGCAGUGAGCGUUCGUAGGGUAAAGUGCGACCGAUCAGUCUACGGAAUUUUACUCGUUUGUUGUGUUUAACCCUCCGCAUUUUCAAAGAUGGUCGUUCUCGAGGGCGGCGGGAUGCUUUCCACCGCCGGCAAUCAAUACUUACAACCGGAUUACCUUUCCCCGUUGCCUACGACGCUGGACGCGAAGAAAAGCCCGCUGGCCCUCCUCGCCCAGACGUGCAGCCAGAUCGGCGCGGACACACCGUCCGCGAAGCCGCCUCUCGCGGCGGACAAGAAAAAGCCAGAGGCGACUCGUCAGUCGCCGGCUCGCGACAAAAGCGACAAACAAAGGGGCGCGACGCCCGGCGAGACCAAGUUGGCGUUCAAACCGUACGAGACGAACGUGGUGUCGAAGAAAACGGACGACGUGGCCCGUCCGACGUCCAAAUCGAGCGUAGCUGAAGACAAGAAGCCGGACCGCAAGUCCGCGUCGCCCCCGGCCGGCACCCCGGACGCGGGCAAGACCUCCCCGGAGACGACGUCCAAAAAUUCGACCCCGUCCGCGAGCCCCAUCAUCCGUUCCGGUUUGGAGAUACUCCAGGGCCACGCGAAAGACUUCCCCGCCUACAAGUUACCGUCCGCGUUACCCGCGGGCCUCGGUGGCCACCUAAACGCGUUGUGUUGUCCUCCAGGUCUCGAGCACACGAACCCCGCGUUCCGACCACCUUUUCCCGGUGCCGCGCCGACGUUUUCGCAUCACCACGCCGCCAUGCUCGGCGGCGGCUACCCCGGGCCUUAUCUGAGUUACGCGCGAGUUAAAACUCCUUCCGGGGGCGAAGCCCUGGUGCCGGUGUGCAAAGAUCCGUACUGCACCGGGUGCCAGUUCAGUUUACAAAACCAGCAGUUGUUGAUGAGCGGCGCGGGAGGCGGCUGCCCGUCCGGGUGUACCCAGUGCGACCACCAGAAGUACAACUUGGCCAUGGCGAUGUCUUUGGGAGCUUCGCCGAGUUCGUUGGCCUAUACGCAACUCGGCAGGCCGUACGUGUGCAACUGGAUCGCCGGGGAUUCGUAUUGCGGCAAGAGGUUCGUCACCUCCGACGAGUUGCUCCAGCAUUUGAGGACGCACACGAACGCGAGCGACCCGACGGCGACGGUGUCGACGGCGUCUUCGUCGACGGCCCUGCUCAGUCACCCGUUGUUCUCGUCGGCCGCGUUGCACAGAUCCGGCGGGUACCCGAACCCGCCUCUGAGUCCGCUGAGCGCGAGGUACCACCCUUACGGCAAACCGACGCUGGCAGCGUCUCCGUACAGUGCUUUCAAUCCGACCGCAUUGGGGCCGUUUUAUUCGCCGUAUUCGGUGUACGGGCAGCGGCUGGGACCCGCGGCGGUUCAUCCGUAGUGCGCGCGGACAAGUAGCGUCGUGUAUGGUACCCGCGUCCUGUGAUAACUUGUACAUAGGGGUUCGGACGAUGACGCCCGACGGACUGUAUAUAUUGUAUUCGAUGUCAGUGUCGGUUAUCUCGAUAUUUCGCUUUAAUAAAUUUGUUUUAUC